AUGGAUAACUAUUUGCGUCCCGCGGAUGUCGCUGUUCUGUGUGGCGGCAUACUGGCGUCCCUGGUUGUUGGUGUUGUCUACGCAGUGAAAGAGAGUCGUCAUGAGUCAUCGUCCUUCCGGUACCACCGAGGAGGCGGCAAGUUGCACCCAGUUCCUGUCGCGGUUUCGUUAGUGGUGACAUUUGAAUCCUCAAUAUCCUAUUUGGGAUUACCAAGCGAAAUCUACAUGUACGGCUCAUAUUACGCGAUGCUUAUCACGGGGCUGAUUGCCGGAUACCUGAUGAUGUUCUUCAUAACUAUUCCAUUGUUUUAUCCACUACAAAUCACGAGCGUCUACGAGUACCUACAGAUGCGCCACGAGUCCCAAAGAGUCCGACAGAUGUCCAUGUGGUUGGGUAACGUCGGAAGUUUUCUAUAUGCGGGAAUCGUCACUUUCGGCGCCGCAACGGGCAUGGAAGGGGUUACUGGCGUAUCCGCGUGGAUAUACAUCGUAGUGUUGACGUCGAUAGCGGUGGUUUACACGUCACUAGGCGGAAUUAAGGCGGUCGUGGUAACUGACGUAGUUCAAGGCGUAAUUAUGAUAGGUAUGAUAUUUUCAAUACUCGUAUACGGCUGUAUUCGCGUUGGAGGCGUUUCUACAGUGAUUGAGAUCAACCGACCUACGGGUAGAUUACAGAUAUUUGACUUCGAUCCUAACCCGUACAAGCGGCACACAUUCUGGACUCUUGCAAUAGGCAACGGAUGGAUGUGCGCCGGCAUCAUAUUUAGUCCUCCAUUGGUACAGCGUCUGAACUCUGUCCGCUCUAUAGGGGAUGCAAGAAAGGUAGCAGCAAUGUCGAUCCCAGCAUUUGUGAUAUUACAGAUUCUUAUCAUGUGCGAAGGUCUAGUGGCAUAUGCAUACUUUUCACUGAAAGGUUGCGAUCCUAUUGCGUCGAAACAGAUAUCAAACCCGAACCAAAUUAUACCCUAUCUUGUGAGAGAUUUAUUUGCAAGCGUUCCCGGUAUAACUGGCCUGUACCUGUCCGCGCUAUGCAGUGCGUCACUGAGUACCAUCUCUUCGCUACUCAGCUCUAUUUCAGCAGUCACUUCCGAGGACUUCAUCAGACCGCGGUUAAAGAAAGCCUCCGAAAAGAAGCUAACGCAACUUUCAAAAUUAAUUGUUGUCAUGGCCGGAGUGGUCUCAAUUGGUAUCGCCAUACUUAUCAGCCAGGUGAAAGGCCCGAUGGGGCAGAUAAGCGGCAGCAUACUUGGGGCAGUAAACGCGCCAAUUGCUGUCGUGUUCUUCUUGUCCAUAUUCGUAAGGUGCACCACUCGUAGGGGUCUCUACAGCAGCGUCAUAGUCGGAGCGUGUUUUGCCAUGUGGCUGUCUCUGGGGAGCAACUUCUCACCCGGUCGCCUGCAACCUGCAAUAUUACCGCUGGGUCAUACUGACAAGUGUUUCUCCUAUCACAAUACGUCCCGGCAGCAUGAUUUGCCGUCCAAACCACAGCUCGACAAUGACACGUAA